AUGAAGUUUGCAAAUCCCAGAGAUAUAGAUUGGCUAAACGAUGAUAUGGAAACUCCUGCAACGUUAUUUAUUAGAGAACAUGAGAAAUUAAGAGCUAAAGGAGAAAAAUGGAUGAAAGAAACAGCAAACUCAUGCACAAUUCCGGCAGCACUCGUUGUCACUGUGGUAUUUGCGGCUGCAAUCCAAUAUCCAGGCGGGUACAAUCGUGAUGGCCUACCAAAUUUCUCUACAGCAGUGGCAUUUUAUAUCUUUGUUGUUUUCAAUGCAAUAUCUCUAUUCGCAUCAACCACUUCUUUGUUGGUGUCCUUGUCCAUCCUCACCUCCCGCUACAACCAAGAUGAUUUUCACCAUGCUCUUCCUGAGAGGCUGGUAAAAUCUUUGUUUACCCUUUUCGUCUCCAUUACAUCGAUGGUGGUAGCCUUCAUUUGCGCACUCUAUAUUAUGCUUGGGAACAAGCCUAAUGCAAGGAUACUUUGUCUAGUGGCCGUGCUAGCAAACAUACCAAUCCAUUUCGCCUGGCUACAUUUACCCCUCCUUCUAGAUCUCAUCACACCAACAUACUGCCCUCGAAUUUUCGGCAAACAAAGUGAUCGUCCCUUUUAUUGA